AUGGGCCAUGUGAUUCGAUGUCCUGAGCAACAGACCAUGGUUGCAUACCACAGCGAUGGCUCGGGGGACUCACAGCCCACAGAAGGAAACUGGCUCAUCGGUUGGAACUUCGUGACAGACCUGUACCGAUUGCUCGAGCACGUCAUCAACCACUACCGAGUCAAACGGGCCGGCCGGACGGUGGCAGACGCUUACAGCUCUCGUCUCCCACCGCGAGAACCUUCAGAUCUCAAUAUGGAGACAAUACUGGCUGCGCUUCAAGAUGGGUUGCAGUCCCUUCCAGGCGACAUGUUGACCGCCCUGCCGCCUUCUACCAAUGCCAAGGAGAAUCUUUGCGGGUUCCAAGUGGCCAAUAUUGUCUGUACAAGCCAGCUGCUGAAAACAUUGUGCUUUGCCUGCGACCUCAUGACCUUUAGUUCGGCCUGUGCCGCAGCUCAGCAGAUGAUCGACAGCAUCUCCAAGGUUCCAAGUGCAUAUCUUCGAGCCAUUGGUUCUUGUAUGGUCAGUACUAUCAAGUCUCGCUACGCAAGUCAGUGGCCUUGUAGCUGA